AUGGCAGACGAAGACUUGGCCACACGAGCUCCCGAGAGCGAUGCUCAAGAGGAUGCGCAGGCGAAGAGCGGCAUUCCGGGCGACACGAAGCCUGAUCAAGGUGCCGCCAGUAUGGGAGAGAUCACAAAGUACAACGACACAGAAGUCUACAUCACCAAACCCGCCGACUACCCGCAUACCUCUGCCAAACUUCUGCUGCUCUUGACGGGAGGAACAGGAAUCCAUAGCACGAACAACCAAUUACAAGCGGAUAGAUAUGCGGCUGAAGGUUAUCUUGUGGUCAUGCCAGAUCAGUAUGCACCACCUUAUCACCAAAUCAUACCACCGACCAGCUUCACUAACACAGCUUCCUCAUUCAGGUUCGGCGGCGACCCAGCCCCCGCAACCACUACCUCCACCGCACCCGCCUCCGAGAAUCCCAGCGUAAUCGAGCAAGUCAAACUCGCCGUCGCCACAACCGCCAAAUCCUUCACGAUAGACAUGUGGCUCGCACGCCACACGCCGGAGAAAGUCCUCCCGAUCCUCCACCGCGUCUUGACGUCCGUGAAAGAGGAAUUUGCGGAUGCGGCGGGGAACGGGUUUUACGCGGUUGGAUAUUGCUUUGGUGCGAAGUAUGUCCUACUGCUGGGAAGUGAGUUGCAUAAAGAUGUAGCACAAGGACAGCGAGCACCGGAAAGUACGGCGGAAGAGGGGAUGAUGAAGCAAGGGCCGCAGUUCAAGGCUGGAGCGAUCGCGCACGGGACGUUGAUAACGAAAGAGGAUUUGGCGGGCGUGAGUGUGCCGCUCUGCGUAGUGGCGGUGGAGGACGAUGCGAUGUUUCCAGAUCACGUGCGGAAGGAAGGGGCGAUGGCGUUGAGGGAGAAGGGGGUAGAGCAUGAGGUAAGUGUGUACGCGGGUGUGCCACAUGGCUUCGCUGUGUUGGGAGAUUACGAGGAUGGGAAGAUUGUGGCGGAGCAGGAGAAGGCUUUUGGGCAGAUGCUGGGGUGGUUGAAGGCGCAUUGA